AUGUCUUACUUUUAUUCUUUCCGAUUCGUGCAUUUACUUUCUUUCUUUCUUUCUUUCUUUCUUUCUUUCUUUCUUUCUUUCUUUCUUUCUUUAUAUCGUUUGUCUUCAGAAGUUAUCUGGUUAAAUUCCGUCUGCUCAUUUUUCUUCGCAUUGUCCUUUUAUCUUUCUUCCUUCCUUUUUUAUUUCAUUCAUUAUCUUUUUAUGCAUUUCAUUUUUCGUUCUUCCUUUCAUUUUUUUUCUUACUCCUUUCUUCUUUCCUUCCAUCUCUCCCUCAAUUUCACUCUACAUUGUGCAUUUUUUUCUUUCUGCCUUACAUUCCUCUUUUGUUUUCAUCUUUCUUCUCUUAUCUUUCUUCGAUUUCCUCCUCUUUCUUUCUUUCUUUCUUUUUUUUCUCUUUUUUCACAUGUAUGUCUGACAUUCCUUACGCAUAACUUUUUAUCUUUUUUAUCGUUCCUCCGUUAUUACUUCUUUCUCUCUGUUUUUUGUCCUAUUUUAUACUUUUCCUCUUUCAUUUUCCAUUUUCUCAUUCUUCAAGCCUUUCUCUCCUUUGAUUUUCUUUCUUUCUUUCUUUCUUUCUUUCUUUCUUUCUUUCUUAUACCUUUCUCUCCGUUGAUUUUCUUUCUUUCUUUCUUUCUUUCUUUCUUUCUUUCUUUCUUUUCUUUCUUUCUUUCUUACACCUUUCUCUCCGUUGAUUUUCUUUCUUUCUUUCUUUCUUUCUUUCUUUCUUACAACUUUCUCUCCGUUGAUUUUCUUUCUUUCUUUCUUUCUUUCUUUCUUUCUUUCUUUCUUUCUUUCUUUCUUUCUUACAGUUUUCCUCUUUCAUUUUCCCUUUUCUCAUUCUUCAAGCCUUGCUCUCCUUCUGCUCUUCUUUAUUCUUUUUUAAUUUUUUCAUCCUUUCUUUCUUUUCCUUCAUUUUUACUAUUUCAUAUUUCUUUUUUCAACUCUGCAAGUCGUCUUCUUCUUCGGCUUUCUUUCUUUCUUUCUUUCUUUCUUUCUUUCUUUCUUUCUUUCUUUCUUUCUUUCUCUCUUUCUUUCUUUCUUUCUUUCUUUCUGUCAAUCAAAGAAUUGUAUGGUAACGAGGUUUUGUUUCUUCUUUUCACAUUCAUUUUCUUUCAAACUAUCUACCUGAAUCUAUUUCUCUCUCUCUUUCUAUCUAUCUAUCUAUCUAUCUAUCCUAGUUUUCUCAUUAUCUAUCUAUCUAUCCUAGUUUUCUCAUUAUCUAUCUAUCUAUCUAUCCUAUUUCUUCAUUAUCUAUCUAUCUAUCUAUCUAUCUAUCCUAGUUUUCUCAUUAUCUAUCUAUCUAUCUAUCUAUCUAUCUAUCUAUCUAUCUAUCUAUCUAUCUAUCCUAGUUUCUUCAUUAUCUAUCUAUCUAUCUAUCUAUCUAUCUAUCUAUCUAUCUAUCUAUCUAUCCUAGUUUUCUCAUUAUCUAUCUAUCUAUCUAUCUAUCUAUCUAUCUAUCUAUCUAUCUAUCUAUCAACCCUCUGCUAA